GGGAGUUUUCCGCAUACAAGGGAAUUUAUAAAGUUAGGCUGACAACACCAGUCUUCAAGUCUUCAGAUUUUUGUGUGCGCCGGCUUCGCACGUGAACGUGUCGCGAAAAUCUCAUAAAAUUAGUGAAAUCACCAUGUCGGACGAAUAUUUCUAUGGUGUGACCCUGUCCUCAACGCACCAGUCGGAGACGUGGGACCCCGAGGCGAAGGUGGAGUACCCGCGCAGCAACAAGCUGCUCAUCCGCCUGGCACUGCUCGGGCCCGAUGCCAAGCCCGACGAGUUCAAUGUGGUGCAGGUAGAAACAAUGUCACUACAAGACUCCAUCAAGAUCCCCGUGGCCAUCCUGAAGGUGGGAGAAACGCGGCAGGCGCGGCUAGAUCUGGAGUUCCCUGAUGCUCCCGUCACAUUCACACUCAUCCAGGGUUCUGGCCCAGUACAUCUCAUCGGUCAGCACCUGCUUGGAGCACUUGUGGAAGAGUUCGAGGAUAUGGAGGAGAUGGAAGAAGAGAUGUUGGAUGAGGAGGAGGGAGAUGACUCGCAGUUCAAGGAAGAUGAGAAUAAAAGGAAAUCAUCUGCAGGCAAGCGCAAGACGAAUGAGGAUGACGACGACGAAGAAGGUGAACCCAAGGGCAAGAAAGCGAAAAUGUCAAACAACGCUAAAGGCAAAGCCCCGUCUCCUAAGAAGAACGCCAAGAAGUGAGCCCCCCCGCCCCCCCUCACGGCGCCGCCGCCGACGUCACGGAGUCGACGAACACUCCACAAGACUGAGAACUCUUUUUUUCGCAAUUCCUCUAUCUCCAUCUGUCACUUGAUUUUUAAGAGAGAUAGAGAUAGCGGAGUUUCGAAAAAUGGAAUGGGGCUUGGGCGGCGAUCGCCUAGUUUACGAUAGUGUGGUACGAUAAUUCUGCCUAGGUUAGCGUGUAUCAGCGUGCAUCAGCGUGCCUGCGAGAGUGAGUGAGCGAGCGUGAGCCGCGCCGGACCGCCGGGUCCGGUGACGGCAGCCGGGUCCGGGUGUGUGCAGCCGGACCCGGCGAGCCGGCCGGACCCGGACGGUCGGACGCGGACCGAAUCCGGUGGGAUUCUUCACUAAUUUUUAUUUUUUCAAGAUUUCCAUUCCUUAUUGUUGUAGCGUUAUGGAUGUCGAAUUUAAUGUUAAGUCCUAAUUAAAUUCACGCGGAUGUAUUUUUAAGUUAAACGUAAGCGUAAUCAGUGUACUUUAUUAACAUUGAUCCAUUACAUAAGUAUCGAUAGCCGCCGGUCGACAUUUAAUUAUUUUUUGCUAACGAUUUCUCAUUUCAGAAUGAAAACUGAUGAUCUAUUAUAGUUUGUUUGUACAUAUAAAAGCAUAAGAACGGUAACAAUAAAACGAAAACAUUUCUAAACUU